AGGGUUGUUCAUGCGGCAUCGCGUUGCAGCGGAACGCGUUGGCUGCGGAAAAGAUAGCGUGGGAAUGUGCAAUGUGGAAGGAGCAAGCGGCGCUGGAACAGGCCGAAACGAAGCGGAUGGAAGCGCUCGAGGCAGAGUGGGCACUUCGAGAAAAAGAGAGGAUUCAAAUGGUUCGAGAAGCCCAGCAAGAGUACGUGGCGUUGGAAAAGAAGCUGCGGCAGACGCUACAUGACUUGGGCAUGCGUGAGCGAUCGUUGGCCAAGGCGGAGGAGGCGAUUCAGCGAGUUGCAGCGUCGGCAAAUGGAAGAGCGCGCCAUCCGAGCCGAGUCGCAGCUGAAUCAACUGGAAGCCGACCUUGUGGCACUGCGGGUCGAGCAGCGCAAGAGCCCUGAAAACGUCCUCAGCCAAGACAUUAUUCAGCAUCAAGCGACGAUUGCGACGCUGGAGACACAACUUCCGGCUGGUCCAAGUCGAAAAGGACCAAGAGAUUCAAGUGCAAAAGGAACUCGCGGUGCAGGUCGACCGCCUCACGCAGCUGCUGCACCAAGAAAAGCGCAAGCAGGACGAGCACAAGGCGCAGGACCUGGAGGCGUUGCGACUCUAGUACAUUGCCCGAGAAGAGAGGCAUUGUUUUGGACGGCGACCGAGAAGAACUCCUGGCGGUCAAGAAGCAGUUGGAUAUGCUCCACCAAGUCCAAUUCAGUCAAGACAAGGAGCUGGCGAGGCUGCAGCAGGAAAAGGUCGACCUCCUGGCGACAGGGCAGUACACAGAAGACAGCUUUCUCCUCCAAGCGCUCAAUCGACUCAUAGCAGCGAAGAAACCAAAGAGUUUUUACUGGCGUUCUGUCCACGGCGUGCCAAUUCCACACACGAUUGCCCUCGGCCUUCCUAGUUCGUUUACUGAACGUGAGAAGAGACUACACAUGCCACGAGCGACUCCAUCCACCUCGCGACUCCAUGUCGGUGGCAAAGGCGUUGAGUUUGUCGACGGGUGCAGCGCCAUGCAUAAUCCAGCAAUGGUUGCAUGCACAUGGCACCACAUGCCACGGAGAGUGAAGCAGGCUGCUCUUUGACUCAGUGCCGGCACCGAGUGGAGC